AUGUGGACUCUUCUAGUAGUCACCGUUUGUUGUGUCACAUCUGUGUUGCCGGCGAAACAUUUACCCAAAUGGAAGAAACAGGCUUGUGAGCUGCCGGCAGUGCAGAGCGAGCAUAGCCACUACAUUUGCGAUGAUAAAGGGGAGCCUAAAUGCCUCCCUGGGUGGCAAGGAGACCUCUGCGAUGUGCCAAUUUGCAAGAAAGGAUGUGAUCCUUUACAAGGGUACUGCAAGCGUCCGGGCGAGUGUCGUUGCAAGUUAGGUUUCUACGGCGACCGCUGCAACAAGUGCAUCCCGUUGCCCGGUUGUCAGCAUGGCUACUGCAACGAAUCCUUCGAGUGCAUCUGCAAGGAGGGCUGGGAUGGACUGUUCUGCUCUGAACCGAUUUGCCGGUCUGACUGUCACGCAACCCGAGGUUUCUGCGAGUCGCCUGGGGAGUGCCGGUGCAAGCUGGGCUGGUCUGGCCCAACCUGUCGCUCGUGCCAGCAGCUGCCUGGGUGCCAACAUGGAUACUGCGACAAGCCACUAGAAUGCAAAUGUCUGCCAGGAUACACUGGACUGUUGUGUCAGACUCCCAUCUGCGCCUCUGGCUGUCACGCUGAGCGUGGUUACUGCCGUCGUCCUGGCGAAUGUCGCUGCAAAGUGGGCUGGACCGGCCCCUUCUGCAGCGAGUGCCACAGGUACCCUGGCUGCGUGCACGGCACCUGCAAUAAACCCUGGGAGUGUCUGUGCGAACCUGGCUGGGGAGGCAUGCUUUGUGAUGAAGAACUGAACUACUGCGAGAAGAACCCAGACACGUGCCAGAACGGUGGGAAAUGUAUCUCUAUGGAGUCUGGCGAUGGAUUCUUCAAAUGUUACUGUCAGCCAGGCAUUACAGGCAAGCAUUGUGAGAUCGUACCCGAAAUCGCAACACCAGCCAACGCUACGAUGACCGAAGAAACGAGUUCCGAAGACCUGACAGUGGUAGGGAUGGAGACUUCUUCAGAGAUGGGAAGUACGGAACCCAACAGUGGAGAUAAUGAGACUGAGUGAUUU